AUGGAUAACGAAAAGCAAACCGAGCCAGACACGUGUAACUUGGUGGAGUUUGAGAAGACUAAUCGUAAAGACCCUGAAGUGAGGACAGUUCGAGAAGUGGCAGCGGGGUGGGCCAGGAAAACAUGCAGCCAGCGGGCUCUCAAGAAGACUUUCCUGAACAACUUCCCAUUCUUGUCCAUCAUGAGAGGAUACCACGUGCUGCAGGAUCUUCCAAAUGACAUCAUUUCCGGUUUUACGGUUGGAAUAAUGCAGAUUCCACAGGGUAUGGCAUACGCCAGUUUGGCCACCUUGCCGCCAGUGUGUGGACUUUACACCAGUGUGUUCGCGCCUUUCGUCUAUUUCUUCUUUGGCUCAUCCAAACAUAUUUCAAUGGGAUGUAUCGCUGUUGUCAGUUUAAUGUUUUCCUCUGUCCUUGACGCUAACAUCGUCAACAGCAGCCUCAUGGCAUCAUCUUCCAACAACACGAACGUCACUGACGACCUCGAUGCAGUGUUUGACGCCCAGAAAAUCAAGAUGGCUUCCGCAAUCACUCUCAUGUCCGGGCUUAUUAUGAUGCUGCUUGGCAAACUCGGUCUGGGCUUCGUGACGACGUUUAUGUCGGAGUAUUUGAUUGGAGGAUUUACGACCGGGGUGGCCGUUCAAGUGUUGACGAGUCAGGUGAAACUCGUCGUGGGCAUCAAGAUAGAACGACCUAAUGGUCUGUCCAAGGCGGUGAAGACGUGGGUAGCUUUGUUUGCGCAUGCGGCCGAGAUCAACUGGGCGCCGGUGAUCAUGUCUAUUAUCAGUAUGUUGGUCAUCUACUUGGUGAAGAUUUUCAUCAACGAACGAUUCAAGUCAAAGAUGAGGAUCCCCGUACCAAUCGAACUCAUUGUGGUUAUACUCGGUACAGUUGCCUCCCAUUACGGCCAUUUCAAUGCAAACUACGGCAUGCAGAUUGUAGGACACAUUCCAGCGGGAAUCCCGGCCCCGACUAUUCCAGACAUGGGGUCAGUGAGUCAUCUGAUCGGAGACGCCAUCAUCAUCGGCAUCAUCGCCUUCGCACAGUCCGUGUCCAUGGCAAAGACCCUAGCUCUGAAAAACAAGUACACGGUCAACGCUAACCAGGAAAUGUUCGCUUAUGGCGCUGGCAGUGUUUUGGCAUCUAUUUUCGCUGGUUACAUCACGGCAGCAUCUGUCGCCCGGAGCGUCGUCCAGGAGGGAGCCGGCGGCAAAACACAGGUGGCAGCCCUGUCCUCCUGCAUCAUAGUCCUCAUCGUGGUCAUUGCUGUGGGUCCUCUCUUCUACUCAUUACCAAAGACAUGCCAUGACGCUGGUGUCGUUAAUAUAGCAUUCAACUCGCCUCUGUAUUUACAGACAUGUCAUGACGCUGGUGUCGUUAAUAUAGCAUUCAACUCGCCUCUGUAUUUACAGACAUGCCAUGACGCUGGUGUCGUUAAUAUAGCAUUCAACUCGCCUCUGUAUUUCGCCAACUCUGAAAUAUUUGUUAAGAAGUGUGUUACAGCGAUUGGUGUAGACCCCAUGAAGAUGAAGAAACUACAGGCCAAGUCGAACAAAAUUAAAUUCAAAAAAUCAGAUGUGAGUAUUUAG